CACCAGCCUCAAACACUUAGAUUUCAGUUUACGUCUGCGAGCUACAAACGAAUGCAAGUGAUGAGGUUCACCGUCGAGGAGAUCAACAACAGUACGGAGCUGCUUCCAGGGGUGAACCUGGGUUACGAGAUCUUCGACUACUGCUCCGACAUAGGCAGCCUUCUGUCUGCGGUGGAUUUCUUGGCUUGUGGGAACUCCAUUCACACCGGGGCCAAACGAGCCUGUCGACCCAAAGUCAUCUCCGUCACCGGCCCGUUUGGGAGCACCGAGACCAUCACCGUGUCUCAGCUGUUUCUGUUUAACCAUCUGCCUAUAGUGACCCAUGGAGCUACUAGCGUUCAACUCAGCAACAGGGAGAGGUUCCCCUCCUUUUUCCGCACGUCUCCCAGUGACAAGUUCCAAGUGCAAGCUAUUGUCCAGAUUCUGAAAGAGUUUAAAUGGAACUGGGUGGCCUUCAUUGGCGGUGACACCGACUACAGUCGAGAUGCUUUACGGGUGUUUGAGAGCGAAGCACGGUUGGCUAAUGUCUGUUUGGCCUACCAAGGCAUAAUCUCAGUCAAGGAUGACUUACAACACGAGAACGUGUUGAAGGUGAUCAAUGAAAAGAAUAUAGGCGUUGUUGUGCUCUUUGCCCACAUAGAACACGUUACUAGCUUCCUAAGGGUGGCAAUAAAAAAAAAAGUGCGAAAAUUUUGGAUAGGAAGUGAGGCGUGGUCCUUGAGCACAGAACUGGUUAAGGAGAACAACAUAGACAGUAUUGGUACCGUCUUGGGGGUGAAUUUGCAACAAAUGGGUCCGCUGAAUGGGUUGAGUGAGUUCAUUCGCAAGUCUCUGAAUUCUACACAGUCACCGCCUCCGGACUCCAGUGAAACGUGCGGCCAGAGAUCAGAUCCAAACAACUGCAUCCCUUGCAAAGACUACGAGUGGUCCAGCAACCGCAGCACGUCAUGCCAAAACCGGACGGUGGUGUUCUUGAGGUAUGACCAGCCGGUCUCCAUUGUCCUGUCCCUAGCCACCAUCUUCACCAUAUUACUGUGUGGCUGCACACUGGUUCUGUUUGCCUGCCACUACGACACCCCCGUGGUCAAGUCCGCCGGCGGCAAGAUGUCCCUCCUCAUACUUUGUUUCCUGGGCCUGUCCUCCAUCAGCAUCUUCUUCUUCAUCGGGCAGCCUUCGCCCACGUCGUGCAAUCUGGGCAUCACGACAUUCCUCGUGUUCUACACCGCCACUAUGUCCUGCCUGACGGUUCGCGCCUUCCAGAUCGUCUCCGUCUUCAAAAUGGCCACCAGGUUGCCAAGGGCGUACGAAUUCUGGGUCAAACAUGGCGGACAGUGGGUGAUAGUUUCAAUCUGCACGAUCACUCAGGUUUUCUUGAGCAUCUUGUGGAUGAGCAUCAGUGGUCCCCAGCCUUUUCAGAUGAAGCCCAACAGGGAAAUAGUCUUGCUCUGCACUGUGGGCAAUUAUUAUUUCCUGUAUGCUAUGUUCACUUUGGUAGGGCUUCUCAGUGUGCUCUGCUUUUCUUUUAGCUAUAUGGGGACAGACCUUCCAAAAAACUACAACGAAGGUAAAGCUGUUACUUUCUGCUUGCUCAUUUUCUUUAUAUCCUGGACCCUAUUUCUCACACUGUUCUAUGUUUUAGAGCCGAAAUACAUCAGCACGAUUAUUCAGUUCUCGAUUUUCUUCAGUGUCUUUGGUGUUUUACUUGGCUACUUUGGACCAAAAUGCUACAUCAUUAUUUUCAAACCUGAACGCAAUACAGCAGCAUACUUUCAGGCUGCCAUCCACACAUACACUCAACAAACCAGAUGAACUCCAGAUUGUAGUGAAAUAAUGAUUGGCAAAUCUCUCUCACACACACACAGUCUAGACUCUUUUCUUUUAUAGCUUGUGUAGCGCCCCCUAGCUGUCCUAGCUAUUUUAGUGGAGUGUGCUGCCCGAAUUCCUAAACUGUUUCCUCUAUAUAUAAUGAAUACUAGGUUAAAGCAUACUGCUAACACUAUUAUUUAAGCACAUUAUAAAUACCAUUAUAUAGCCCCAUUCCAAAUACCGCAAUUCAAUAUCUGUCUCUAACACUUCUACUUAGGUUCACUUAUAUAUGGAUCACUAUUAAACAUCAAGUACACAA